AUGAUAGUCGAUUUGUUAGUUUAUGGCACAUGGAUGGCUGGGUGCUGCUUGGGAUGUUGUUCAGCGAUCAUAUAUGGUAAAGGUCGGGGAAAUCUAGGUGGAGACUGCAAUUCCUCGUAUAAUGAGAGUUGCAAUGCAGUGUACCGGGCGAGAGCUGUGAGCUUCUCAACGAUGACCUGGUGCGCACUUUUCCUCGCGUGGGAGGUCAUGAACCUCAGGAGAUCCUUUUUCAACAUGCACCCCGAAACUGAAUCUCCUUAUACGCAAUGGUUCAGAGAUAUUUGGAGCAAUAAAUUUCUAUUUUGGUCCGUCAUUUUUGAGUUUCUGUCCGAUUUUCCUGUUGUGUACAUUCCAGUCAUUAAUGACAGGGUCUUCCUUCAGAAGGGAAUUGGUUAUGAGUAG